AUGCGACACUUACCGAGUCUCGAUCACUCGUCGUGUUCGAUUGCAAAGCUCAAUAUAAGCUCGCGUCUCCAAGGCCUCUGGCAGGAGACUCUGCCUUCGCGCAGAGUUGCGCCCACUCAGCCUAGAGAGGGGCAGCAGAUAGACUUGCGCUGCCUGCGCGCCAGUAGAUCCCUAGACGACUGCACCAGCCCACUCUCCUUCUCUGACUCGUACCAUACCCGAUACCGUCUUCGCCCGCUAGAUAUCAUGCCUGAAGCUGCUCCCGCGGCAGCCGUACCCGACGUCGACGGCGUCGCGCAGGCCGUUGCGAAUCUGUCGACCACUGAGAAAGACUCGCCAGCAGUGCAGCCCAAGGAAGAUGCGCCUCCUCAAGCUCCCAUACGUUCGCAAGCCGCCAGUCCGCCAGGACAAGCAGAAGCUCCCACGCUGAUCAUGCGAGCACUCGUCAGCUCUCGCGAAGCUGGCAUCGUCAUCGGUCGUCAAGGCAAGAACGUGGCAGACAUCAGAGAGAAAGCUCAAGUCAAGGCUGGCGUCAGCAAACUCGUGCCGGGCGUGUCCGAGCGCGUUCUCACUGUGACCGGUCAGAUCAGUGGGGUCGCUCGGGCUUUCGGGCUCAUCUGCCAGACCAUCAUGGACAAUUCUAGUGGUAUACCCAAUGAUUCCCCUUCGACUUACACCGGACUGUCUGGCUCCACGCUGACCUUGCGUCUGCUCAUCUCAAGCGCUCAGAUGGGCGGUGUCAUCGGAAAGGCAGGAACAAAGAUCAAGUCUAUUCAGCAAACGUCGGGCACGCGAAUGGCCGCCUCUAAAGAACUGCUGCCUCAAUCCACAGAACGGCUCGUCGAAAUUUCUGGCCGUCCUGAGCAAGUCGAGAAGGCUGUCGCUGAGAUCGCAAAGGCGUUGGUCGAAGACGAAGCAAAGGCGGUCGGGACGAUAGCCUUCCAUCCCGCGAACCUCAAUCCAGAGCUCAGUGGUCUGCAGUCCAUACCGCCUAUCAUGCGAUCAAGUAGUUCAGGUACAGCUUCAAGAGCGCCAGCAGCAUCUGAUGGCCGUGCGCCUGGCAUGAUGUCGAUGCAGCAGCCGCAUCAACAGCCUCAGCACAUGUAUCCUGCCGCUUACGCUCAACAUGCGCAGCCAGCGCCAGCACCUGCCGCUGCGCCUCUGUAUGGCUACACGAACGAUCAUGCUCCGCCGCCUCGUCGUUAUGUACCGCCUCAAGGCUACAGAGCAAACGAUCCGCGCAAUACGCCGCAAGAUCGCUACCGCGCAAACGCUUCCAUUGCGUCUGCAGCUCAUGCUCCUGACCCAAACCUACGGACACAAAACAUCUCUAUACCCUCUGACAUGGUUGGUUGCAUCAUCGGCAAAGGUGGUCAGAAGAUCAACGACAUUCGCAAGUCGUCUGGAAGCAAGAUCAGCAUCGCAAAGACUGCUCACGAUGAGACGGGCGAGCGCAUGUUCACCAUCACUGGUACGGCUCAGAAUAAUGAAACCGCGCUAUUCUUGCUUUACGGUCAACUCGAAAAUGAGAAAGAGCGACGCCUUCGCAUGGACGAAGAGGGAGGCGUAGGACGCCAAAGACGUGAUGAUGCUUGA